CUUCCAUUUCCCGGCGCGCAGCCGGCUUGACCCCAGCAUGCGCACACUCCGUGCGCCCAGAGGUCACCGGCGCCGGUGUUUUCCCACGUGCGUUGUGAACCUGAGGGCAUCAAGUUAUGAAGAGAUGGGGGCUCGGAUGACCCGCGCGAUCAGGAAUUUCAACAUAGAGAACCGAGCAGAACGGGAAAUCAGCAAGCCGAAACCCUCUGCGGCUCCCAGGCACCCUUCUACCAAGAGCCUGCGAGAACAGAUGAACUACAACCCAGAAGUUAAGGGAGAAAUUGCUAGAAAAGAUGACAGGCUGCUCUCAUUACUAAAAGAAGUAUAUGUUGAGUCCACAGAUCCUGUAUCUUCCCUGCGGGUGAAAACUACUGAAACACAGCAAGAAUCAAAGGAAUUCAGAUUGCCAAAAGGCCACCAUUUUGAUAUGUUGAAUAUUAAGAACAUUCCCAAAGGCAAAAUAUCCAUUGUAGAAGCAUUAACACUUCUCAAUAAUCAUAAACUUCAUCCAGAAACAUGGACUGCUGAGAAAAUAGCUCAAGAAUACCAUUUAGAACUGAAAGAUGUAAAUUCCCUGCUCAAGUAUUUUGUUACUUUUGAAGUCAAAAUUUUCCCUCCUGAAGACAAGAAAGCAAUACAAUCAAAAUGAAGAAAGUGAUGAAAUUGAUUUUCCCAUAUGUACUUCCCAUUCCCAUAUCCUUUUUAUUUCCUCAUUUUUAGUAUAUAAAAUUAUAUAAACUACUGAGUGUUUAAUGUUCCCUGCUUUGAGAGCAUACUAUUUAUUGAUCUCCUGACUUUUCAAGAUUGGUUAUGGAUUUGUUUUGUUUUCUUUUAAAUUAAUUUGGUUUAGGCAUAGUUCCUAUGUGUAUGUCAGCAUGGCUAAUCAGAACAGUUAUAAAUUUAUUGUAAUUGAAGGAGAUAUUAAGUUAUUUUAGACACAUGAUAUCAGCUUUUAAAUUGGUCUUUUGACCUGAGUCCCACAUUUAAAAUUCAUAAGUCUUACCUUCCAGUUUAAGUGGUUAGUUCAUUCUGUCAGGGAUAUUGAAAGUAAGUUUUUUGACUCCUAGGACCAUGACAUUUUUUUGUUAGGGAAAGAGAAUAAUAAUAUUUCCCAAAUAAAGACAGGCAGGAGGCUGACUAUGAAAUCAGUGAAAAAUAUAUUUAUAUCAUUACUUUUGAUGAAUAAGAAUUGGCAAGGAUUUUUUUGUUUUGUUUUGAAUUGGUUCUAAGUAUGGAAUAAUGUCUUUUAAAUUAUAAGAAAUAACUAGUAAUGUUAAUAAAUGUUAGCAAUCUGCUUAGACCGAAAUGGAUCAGGCCAAAAGCUAUCAGAACUAUUGGGGGAGGGGAGACUAUUGGGGAAAAAAAACAAACAAUUUUUCUCUUGGUUUAAUUUAGAAAUACAAGAAAUUUUUAAACAGUUAAAGAACCAGGGUAAGGGAAAUUUGAUGAUCAAAUUAUAUAUAAAUAUUUUGUUUUAAUGCUAGUUGAAAGAAGAAAGAAAAAUAGUAAGUGGAAGCAUAAAAUAUGGUCCUUGGAAGGAAGCUGGGAAAUUGCUGCUUCAUUAAUGUAAUAAACUUAAAAGAACCACAAAUAUCUGUACUAGGAUCUUAAGCGAGGUUGUGUAACUUUAGCUCAGCUUAAUAGAUUACCACCUAUGAGAUCUUGGGUAGAUUGUGUAACCUCUUGAGAUUGAAUUUCUACUAUAAAAUGAGUAUAAUGCUGCCUUAAAUAUAAUGGUUACUGUGACGAUAAAUGAAAUAGUAAAGAACUACAAAGGACCAAGCAAAUAUGAAUUUUUUUCCAGUUGAGAACAUGCCUGAGGAGGAUACAUGAUGUAAUUAUUUGUAGUUCAUGACAGCCAGACUCAGAAUUGAGGUUUUCAAAAUCAUAGUGUAUUUUUUCCUAUUAGACCAAAAAUAAAUUUAUUUCAAAGGAGCAGAAGGUGGGAAUUGUGGAAGAUGGGUUUGUCAAUGUGAUUCCAUUGCUACUUCCCAGAGAUUCCCCGGGAAAUGGUAUGGAAGAUGCUGAGGAAUUCAGCAUGAUGAUAGAAUGACACAUCAGUAGUAAUGCUGAAACAGAAAGUGGGCAGAGAUAGGCAACUUGUAAACUUGUUUUUAAAUACUGUGCCAUGUGAUAAACUAUACGUAUUUUAUUUUGUUCAACACAGUAGUUUUCAAGAAAAUAUGAAAGAAUGCUAGCCAAUAAAAAUUUUUAUUUUCAAACUCCUUUCAAUCAGUCAAAAUUAUUUUCUUUUCUGUAAAGAUCAAUACUUGAAUCACUGGUAUUGCUAUUUCUGAGCCACCUUUUGUGUUCAAAGCUAUAUUGUGUGAUUAGGCAUCUGUAAAUAUGGCUUCUCAUAUAGUGUCAUGUGAUAAAAUAAAAUUACUUCCCAUAUCA